CGAGCGUGGGACAACCGCGGGGAAUCGUUUUGCAAACGGUCAAUAUUCCUCUUUUGCUGAUUCUGAAUUAUCCGGUUCUUUUUUCACCACUGUUUUUGAUUCCAGGCUGGUGGUCGAUUUGGUGUCCUCCGCACGACUCGCGACCUGCGCAAACCGCAGCCAUGACCAGCAUCGACGAGCUCUUCAAGAAACCCUUGUCGGCAGCAAGCGCAAAGCGCAAGCUAGAUGCCAAUAGUGAUCCUAAUGAGCUCUACAAGGCGGCCAAGCUAGAGGCAAACGGCGAUGUGAAGUCCGGGAAAUCUCCCAUGAUAGAAGAUGAGGAGGAUGACGGGGAGGCUGGCCCCGAACUGCCUCCGGAUUUCGACGCCGAAGAUGUCCCCGACGACGAAGAAGGGCGCUUUUUUGGAGGAGGAAUGGAGCGACAAACCGCGCAAGCGAUGCAGUACAUUGAUCAGCAGGAGGAAGGGGAAACAGCGCCCGAGAAGUUCGAUGUCGCCUGGCUACGGCGAUUUGCCCUCAAUUUCGAGAAGAAAAUAUCGAAGAACGCGGAGCUUCGUGGGAAAUUCGAAAACGAGCCUCAAAAGUUCAUGGCCUCCGAGGCCGAUCUGGACAAUGAAAUCAAAGAACUGUCCAUUUUGUCGGAGCAUCCAGAGCUCUACGAAGAUUUCGCUACCAUGGGCUGUGUCGGAUCGUUGAUUUCUCUUCUUUCGCACGAAAACGCAGAUAUUGCCAUUGAUGCUAUCCAGAUCAUCAGUGAGCUGACAGAUGAAGAUGUCGAAGCCGAGCAAGAGCAAUGGGAUACCCUGGUCAACGCAAUGUUGGAUGCCGACCUCAUCGAACUCCUCUCCCAGAAUCUCUCGCGGUUAGACGAAGGCUCGGAAGCCGACAGGGCCGGGGUGUAUUAUGUAUUGAGCGUGCUGGAAAAUCUCGCCUCACAAACCUCGAUUGCGGAGCGAAUUGGACAAGAGUCCGGGCUGCUGCAAUGGCUCCUCAGUCGUGUGCAACAGAAAGAGAAACCAGUUGGCCAGAACCAGCAAUACUCGGCCGAAAUUCUUGCCAUCCUACUACAAUCCUCUUCGAAGAUAAGGGAAAAGCUCAUCAGUCUGGACGGAGUGGACGCUCUUCUCCAACUACUCAGCCAGUACCGUAAACGUGAUCCCGCGAAAGACUCUGAUGAAGAAGAAUACGCAGAAAACUUGUUUGAUUGCCUGAUGUGCCUCGUAGACGAGGAUGCCGGGAAAGAGAAGUUUUUAGAAGGAGAGGGGGUCGAACUGUCGCAAAUCAUGCUGAAGGAAGGAAAGUUCAGCAAGCAACGUGGUCUACGGGUUCUCGAUCAUGCUUUAGGUGGACUAGGGGGAGCCCCUGCGUGUGAACGAUUAGUCGAGGCAGCGGGUCUCAAAACGGUAUUCAGCAUGUUCAUGAAAAAGCAAGAGAACCAAAUCAUUGAGCACCUGUUGGGUAUCUUUGCAUCUCUUCUGCGUCUUUUGCCGGGCGGCUCUGCGCCACGGAUCCGGGCGCUUGCGAAAUUCAUGGAGAAGGACUACGAGAAGAUCGAGAAGCUGGUUAAAUUGAGACGAGAAUAUGCGUCGAGGGUCACGCCAGUUGAACAGGCUAUCGCCAAGGAGCGGAAGGAAUAUACUGAAGAUGAACAGGAGAUCAUGGCAAGCGAGUGGCUCUCGCGACGAUUUGACGCCGGUCUGUUUUCCGUACAACUCAUUGACGUUAUUCUGGCAUGGCUGGUGGCCGAGGACGACGGGGCCAAAAGAAAGAUAGUGUCGCUGCUGGCAGACCGCGAUGAGACCCUUUCUCUCAUCCACUCCACCCUCAAAGAGCAAAUCGAAGGACUAGUGGAAGAUGAGCCUGGGCAGAAGGACCAUAGGGAAAUGCUUGAGACUCUCUUACAGUUUCUGUAAAUGGAUUAGUGCAGGAACGGAUGAUAAUGAGACGCAUUGUUGUAAGAUAGAUACCACGACUUCGUUGUUUUUAGUGUGGA